CGACGGUUUGGUCGCGCGAGGGCGGCGUUGACAACCGCUGCUCGGGUGGCUCCUUCCCUUCCUCUCACGGCAGUACCGUCCCUGUUGGCUCCCCUCUCCCGCCAUGUCCGACUGGGAGGCGGAAAGUGAGGAGGACGAGGCCCGCCAAGCUCCCGCCAAACCCUCUCCGGCCGAGUGGCGCCCGGUGACGGCGAGGGCUAGUGGGAAACGUGGCUCCGCGGGCAAAGACGACGAGGAGGAAAGAGGCGGUGGCGGGAGGAAAUGGGGUUCGCGGCCGGCGCCUUCCCGCGAGCCGUGGCAGUCGGGGCCCUUGGAGUACCGGGCCCGAGGCCCCUUCCGAGGGGCGGGCAGGGAGCGUGCCGGGUCGCCGCCGCUGUGCUUCUACCUGGAUAACUCCCUCGUGGGCACCCUCAUAGGUAGCGGUGGCUGUCCGUGAGGAGGAACUUGGAGUUCUCUCUUUUUGGGGGGCGGGUGGAGAGAAGUCCCCUCUUCCCCCAAACACUCUCUCUCUAUAUAUAUUUAUACAUAUUAUUUUAUAUAUAUAUAUAUAUACAUAUAUAUAUAUAUAUAUAUAUAUAUAUAUAUACACACACACACACACGAAAGCGCAAACGGGGGGGGGGGGGGGCGCCCUUGCUUCCCUGGCAAAGCAGGUUACUGCUGUGAACAAUCCUAAGCGUGGCUUCGGACUCAGUGUUGGACUUGACUCCCUUGCUGAUUGCAGUGGACAGUGUGUUGAAUUUGGACGGCCUCCUGGAUAGUAAAUUGUAUAAUAUCACAUUGUUUAUGAGACUGGGUUAUAUGCUACUUAACAGUGCACACUCUAUGUAGAAAAAGUGGCUGGGUAAACAAAUAGGCUCCUCUCCCAGAAAAUAAAUAGCACCCUGCAACCUCGCAGGGCUGUUUUUAAGGUCAACUCAAUAGAGCACCCUGUGAAUUCAUGAGUAUAUGCCUUUUGCUUGCUACAUUUGUACAGUGUUUUUCUGCUAGUGCAGAGGUGGAGUUAUAUGUUUGUGCACUAUGUCGGGAAAGGGCAAGGGAGGAAAGAUAGAUUUAUUAGCUAAAAAGUGAUAAAGACCACAGUCCUCACCCCACUUACCUGGGAGAAAGGCCCCAUAAAUUCAGUAGGACUUAGUUCUGAGUAGACCCACUGUUGGAUUUGACUCUGUAAGGCUGGGAAUAAGUAAUUGAACUCAGUGGAUCUUGAGUCUGAGUAGACAUGAACAGGAUUGCACUGUUAAGGAUGUCCAGAAAUAAGAACUUUAUAGUAUUGAAAAGAACUGUCAGGGGUCUUUUACCUUUACUAUGGUGUACUUAGUUUCUCUUUAAAAGAGAAAGAGCUGACUUUAUAAGCAUUAGCACUUUUGCAACAUAACUGAUGUCAAAUCUGAAUGAACUGUCACUGGAGAUAGAGAAAUGGAAAGGAAACUCAUGCCUGCAAUUCCCUAUGCAAAAUGGUGUAGCCCUAAUAUUUUCCUUUUCAUGAAUUGGGUGGCCAAUAAAAAGAAAAAGCAGCAGCAGAAUUCUGUUCAUUGUGGGCAUGGAACAGUAAGCCUAGGAAAUGCAUAUGUAUCAAGGCCCAAAAGACGAUUGACAGAGGGAGGCUGUCAAAGGUACAGAGAGUGUCUAAGGGACGUCCAGAUUCUUAAGACUAUCUGUUUUAGCCCCAUGCAAAAAUCCAUUUCUGUAAUUGAGUUGCACCCAAAUCUCUAAUACUAUGUUUACAAACUUUGGUGUUCUUUAAAUGGUUUAGUUUAGCUUUGUACAUAGGGAAAAGCGUGUUCACUGAAAUAUGUGAAAGUUGCAUAAAUAUUAUCACUAUUAUAUUGGUGGUCUUAUGUCACAAGUUCAUUAUGUCAUUUUGCAACAAAAUAUUAGUUAACAUAGGGAUAGGAAUUGUUCAUCUGGGGAAAACCUAAGAAUUGCUCAGCUUCACUUCUGAGUGUUUUUAUUUAAAAAUUUGCACCCUCUUUAGAUGCCUCCAGACUCUUGCCCUUGGUUCCUUUACUUGUGAUAGAAAUAAUGUUUGCAUUUUGCCAGUAGCAGUAUGCAUUGUUCUAUUUUUGAAAACAUUUAGCUAAAAUUGGAAUGUGGCCAAAUUUUGCAUAUGUAUUUUAAUUUUGCAACAGGUCGAAGUGGAAGUAAAAUAAAAGAGCUUCAGGAAUCAUCAGGUUGUAAAAUACAGGUGAGGCACUAAUUUUUUUUAAAUGUGUUUGUUUCAAAAAACCCAGUCUUUACUCAAAAGACUGGUUGUUGCAUUGCAAAAUAACUGCUUUUCUUUGCAUGUGUAUAUUUGUGAUCACAAAGCAAUUAACAAAGGAAUUGGGGAGAAAAUGUCUAGUGUGUAGUACUUUAUGUACUUGAGUCAGUUUAGUGGUGCUUAACUGAACUUAAAUGGGGGGGGGGGGAUGCUGCUAUACUGUUUUUAAUCCCCAAGCGUUUCCCCCAAACAAGUAAAACCUCAGUACUAUUUAUGAUUGUACAUUAUGGUAGUGUAACAUUUGGUAAGCAUCAUCAAAAACACAUGGAUUGUGCCAGCAGAUGGGUAAGGAGUGACUUCCAAUGAAGAACAAAGAUCCUGUUGAAAACCACUGGGACUAUUGACCAAUGAUGCAGAUUUUCUGGAAAAUUUACCAGAGUCCUAAAUCUAUUUUGUUUUUAUUUAGGCCACAGUUCUAUACCAGCUUCCCUGGGAGCAAGCCCCACUAAACUUAAUGAGACUUGCUUAUGAAUCAAAUUACACAGGCAGCUUGUUAGACAUAUAUUAAUAAACAUGAUUAAAAUUGUUAAUUUAACAUACUCUAUAAAUAGCUUAGAAGUUUUUCCUACAGCUAAAGAUUUUUCAACUGAAAUUAUUUAGUAAGGAAAAAAUUAAUAAAGCAAACAUAAUGUAGAUGGAUACAUUAUUCAUAUCAGUUCAAAAAUUAUAUCCAAUAUUAGUCAUGUUUGGAGUAGAACCACUGAAAUUAAUGGGCAUAGCUAACUUAGAUAAAUUUCAGUGGGUCUAGUUUGAGUAGAACUUGGAUGCAGCUCACAGCUUUUUUUACUAGAGUAUUUGAAAAUAUUUUAGGAGAUGACAAAUUGUUAGCACACUCUCACCUUAUAUUGUUUGGAUUUUAAAGAAAGGGCUGAAUAUGAGUUAUAAAAUAUUUCCUGGGUAUAUACCCUUUUUCAUAUAUUAUGCACACUCCAGUUAAUACAUUGAAUGAGAGCAUGGUCAUAUCUUCUGGCCCUGUCUUCUGUGGAAGAAGUGAGUAGAUUCUUCAUGGAUCCAGGUAUGUGUGGGUGUGUGCACAUGUUUGUAAUUAGAAAUUUCCAUGCAACUGUGGUUUAGUGCUAUAUGCACAAGCUGGAGUGAGCCCCAACUUGCUUCCUUUCCUGUGUGGCCGGAACUGGACUUUGGCAUCAUUUAGUUUUGGUUUCUCCUAAUCUUGGAUUGUUAUUGCAGCUUCAGAAGAAGUGAUAGUUUCUGUAGGUUGGUUGUUAAACUAAACCAGACUUGGUUAUAAACUGCAAUCUCUGGUUCACAAGCAAAGAUGAUCUGAGAAGAAACUGAAACGUAAUGCCACCAAAGUCAUCCCAGUCAUGUGGUAGGGUGUGUGUAUUUAUUCAUAUGACAUUAUAAUUUAGUACUAUAUGUAAACUGCCCGCAGAGUGUUCUCACUUUUUGCUGACUGCACAGAGGUUAGUGCCAGCUGGUGCACAAAGGGUGGGGGCAGUAAUGACAAUCCUGCUGUCCCCACACCUUGAUAGAAUGUAUGGACGAAAUAUGAGAAGACUGCAUUAAUUUUCUGAUAAAAGUUAAUGUAACUUUGAAACUGCCUAAGGUACUAGACUCCUAUCUGUUAUGUUACUUUUUCUCUUUGUAAUGAAGCAAGGCAUAUUUAGAAAUGGAAAACUUUCAACCUGAUAUAUUGCUUCUCACUGCAAGAUAUCCAAGUGGUUUAGGAAAUCUUACUUGUACUUAUCAAUUAACUUUUUAGUGCCCAGAAAGACAAUUUUAGAGCGGUAUAUUACACCAAUCUAAUAUCUGAUCCUUCUACUAAGUAAAAAAACCUUACAUUUAGGUUGUAAAGGGCAAUUAUGAAGCUGAAAUAAAGAUAUUUGGUGGUAAUGAUAAGCAAACAAAAGCCAAAAUGAUGAUUGAUGAUCUUAUUGAGAGGUGCAGCCAAAGCAACGCAGGAGAAAGGUAUGUUAAAGGUAAGAAUUUAAAACUUGAUAUGUAUUUUAUAUUUAAGCUUUCUCUUCAGACUGAUCUGCUUGUAUAAAACCCAGAUUAGAGUUAUCCACUCUGUUGAAGAGACAUUUAUAAACUGAAAGCUAGUAGGGAGUGUAGGAAUAUCCAGAGGAGUUCAUAAAGCUGCCCUUGUGAUGCAUCCAAAAAUAAAACAUGGUAUUGGUUCACAUAGUUUGUCUUUAGAUUGCAGUGAAAUGAAACAGUUCUGUGGUUCGUAAUUAAACUUUUUAUCUGGAUUCCCAAGAACUAAUUUAAGCUGCAUAAUCUGAUAUAAAAUGUUUAACCAAAUCAGAACCUAAUUUUGUUUUAACAGAUGGCUUUAAACACCAAGAUUUUGGAACCACUCGUUAUGAAGAAAGUCAUUCCGGUGCUUUGAAGUCGGGAUACAGUAAUCCAAAGCAAUCCAUUAACUGGGCCUCCCUUCGAGAAAAUAAAGCUAAAUAUGAAGCUAUGAAGUGGGCUGGUUAGUGUAACAUUUUUUUUUAAGGAAUUGUAGGUGGUCAUCCUUCAAUAUAAAUGCUUUAUUAGCUGUGAAAAUCAUCUACUUUGAUAUGUAAGAAAUUCUGAGAACAUUUGAUCAUCUAUUGAUUUUGUUAUAUUUAUUAAAAACUGCCUGGUAUGUGGUCACGGUUGAACGCAAAAAUCAGAUAAGAUCUGGUGUAAAGGCCAUAGUGUUAGUGCAGUAUUUUAAGUGUCAUAUCACACUGAGGUAGCACCUUGGUACAAAAAAAGGCUUUCAAUUAGAUAUAAAAGGUUGUGCUAACACAAUAUACUAUAUUUACCACACUUCAUGCACUAAUUUAAUGCCACUACAAAACAUGGGUGCCAGGGUCCAUAGGCAUACUUACCCACAGAGUUAGGCAUAUAAUACAUCGACAAGUCUACAGCACUAUAGGACAUUCCAGUUGUUCACACUAAUGUGAUUGGUCACUCAGGCAGACCCUGGAUGGGUGUAUUGUUCGCAUGUUAUAAGAAUCACUGGAGAGGAGUCUAUGAGUCAGAAGUAACAGUGAAACCAGGGUACUGAAUUCAAAAUGUCUUGCUGUGCCUGUAGAGAUUUAAAAAUUAAUCCUUGAAUACAAAGCUGGGGAGAAGUAGUAUCUUGAUAUACAAGGCUGCCCAUCAUCCACAUCUCAGUUUACAGAUCAGUACUGACUGUGGUACAAACUUUUUAAAAAGAAAGGUCAAAACUUGUUUUUUGUGGUUGGGUGUUUUUCUUCUCUUUUUUAAUCUAGUGAAACUGUGUGAAUAUGGAAAAAUGAAUUUCCAUACUCAUGCUAUGGUUUCUAGUAAAGGGAAAGUGUUCAAGGGCUUAUUGAUAGCCCUUCUUUGGGUGAUAAAUAUAUUUGGUGUAGUUUCUUAUUGGCAUUUCUUUGCAAGCCAUGUUGAAUUGUGUGUCUGCUCAAUAGAACUACCUGUAAAAAUGAGGAAUAGGCUGGCAUGGGAAUAGAGUUCAGGGUUGUUGUUUUUAAUGAAGAUGGUGUUCUUUUCUAUUCUUAGUAGUUUGAGAAGUUACUUUUUAAAAUAACCCAUUUUCCCUUUAAUUUUAUUAGAUUUGCCUCCAAUUGAAAAAUGUUUUUACAAAGAAUCUCUAAAGGUUGCUUCAAUGUCACAAGAAGAAGCUGAUAGGUGGAGGUAAUAAUUUAAAUUGGAAAGUUGUAUGGCCUAUUGGAAAGUUGGGUUGAUUUUUAAAUGGAUUAUAGUUUUAAGAAGGUGAAGGCAAUGUCUGCAAAGUAGUAGGUAAUACUGAGUUUCGAUGCACACCAUAAGACUAGGCUGUGUGCAUAUUUCACACAGGAUAGGUCUUACAUGCCAUUUUUAUUUGGGGGUAGGAUUGAAGCGCAUAAGCUCAUUGUAUAGCUUGUAAGGUUUGAAAGCUGAUGCCAUCAGCCAUGGAACAUUUCCAGAGGUAUGCACUUUAAAAUGUCUUACGUGAAUGUAACAUAAACAUUUGAAAAUGCAUCUGUAAUCAGAGAGCCUGGUUUGAUUGGAGCUCUUGGACAAGUGUACAUUCACUACAAACCCUGGCUUUCUAUUAUGUAAUAGUUUGAAAGAACCUUAAUUAAUCUUUAAUCAUGUUUAUGAUUUGCACUAAAUCAUAAAACUCCUUGCAUGCAGUGGGACUUAGUUGUCAUCAUAGCUUCUGUUGACAAAGGUCAUGUUUUGUUUUUACUAGCAGCCUCUACCACUGGCUUUGAUUAUGUUUAGUGCAUAAUAAUGUUAAGCAACUUUUAUCUAGUUGUUGGCAUAAGCUAAUUAUGGAAAUGAUAACAAAGUGGAAACUACAUGAUUUUUUGCUCUAGAUAUUUAAUACUUUGUCUGGAAUUGAUAAAUAAACCAUUUUGUCUGCUAUCAGUAUAAUAUUAUCUCUUUAUGUUGUCUUUUAAAGAAAAGAAAAUAAUAAUAUCACAUGUGAUGACCUGAAAGAUAAUGAAAAACGUCACAUUCCCAAUCCUAUUUGUAUAUUUGAAGAUGCUUUUAUGCAUUAUCCUGACAUUAUGGCAAAUAUAAAGAAAGUUGGCUUUCAAAAGCCUACCCCAAUUCAGGUAUUUUAGUUUUCUUUAUUUCUGAAUAGUGUAGAAACUGUGCUGUUUAAAUAGUAGGCCCUAUGUAAUAAUAUACUGUUUAUUUUAGUCACAGGCUUGGCCAAUAAUACUUCAAGGAUUUGAUCUCAUUGGAAUAGCGCAGACUGGUACUGGAAAAACGUUGGCUUAUCUAAUGCCUGGGUUCAUUCACUUGGAUUUGCAGCCAAUGUAAGAAGUAACUGGAAUAAGAUUUGAUUUAUUCUGUGCCUGGUGGGUUGUUUUUGUUAAUCAAGUUAAUAAGAUUUAACACAAUCUUGGUCACAAGAGCUGUGUGUGAAACUACUAUCAUGCUUUUUGUCAUCCAGCCUGUUGCACUGUCAGUUGCCAUUCUUUUCUCUUGCAUACAUACAGUAGUCCAUAAACUGCAAAGAGAUUCAGCAAUGUAUUCUUUUUAAUGGUUAUAGAGUUUGCAACAGUUAAGGUUGUUGUUAUUUUUUUAAAUCAAUGCUAUCAUAAACAAGUCAAUAGAAACAUUGUUGUGCUCUACACAGGAAGACAUCCCACCCCUGCUUUACCUCUUAAUUCUAAAAGCAGGCUUCUGUCAACAUUGGGAGGCAGACUGCAGCUCUGUGAUUUCCUUAAGAGAUGGAACAUUUCAGAUGGGAUUUAAAAAGCAAACUCUCCAACCUCAUAAACCCAGCUAUGAAUUACUAUCUAUAUUUACAUGAUAGCCACCAUGAUGCUAUGGCUAUGGCUAUGGCUAUGGAGUCCCAGUGAUGUGUACUCUUGCUCAGGGAUGCCAAGUUAGCAGGUGCUUACCAGUCUAGGUUAUUUUACACCUCCCUAAGUUACAGCUUAAGGGAUGCGGGUGGCGCUGUGGGUUAAACUACAGAGCCUAGGACUUGCCAAUCAGAAGGUCGAGGGUUCGAAUCCCCGUGACGGGGUGAGCUCCCAUUGCUCAGUCCCUGCUCCUGCCAACCUAGCUGUUCGAAAGCACGUCAAAGUGCAAGUAGAUAAAUAGGUACCGCUCCGGCAGGAAGGUAAAUGGCAUUUCCAUGUGCUGCUCUGGUUCGCCAAAAGUGGCUUAGUCAUGCUGGCCACAUGACCCGGAAGCUGUAUGCCAGCUCCCUCGGCCAAUAAAGCAAGAUGAGCGCCGCAACCCCAGAGUCGGUCACGACUGGACCUAAUGGUCAGGGGUCCCUUUACCUUUUAAGUUACAGCUUAACCCAGCAGCCCUGUCUUUUCUUUUUAUUCUUUCCCAAGCAUCUGGGCAUUGUGAUGCACAAACAUCCAUUCUUCUUACUCCCAUGAAACCAAGUUACUUGGUUUGCAUUGCCAUAGUAUGUAGGCAGCUAAUGUCAUAAAGUGUUUUUCUAAGUGAUGUAUGUGUGCUUUUGAACUUACUUCCAGGUAAUUAUGCUUUGAAAUGUGGCCUUAAUUAAUUCUAACCAAAGUUAAAUGAUACUUGUAUGCAAGCCAAACAGCAUAGUUAGCAAGCAUAGUUUUCCUCUGUUCUCUUUUUAAAAUAUCGCCUUUUGUAUUUUUUAUGUAUAACUGCUAACUAAACAAAGUUGGAUUUUCUUACAGACCUAGAGAAAAACGUGGUGGACCAGGUAUGUUGGUUCUCACUCCCACUCGAGAACUGGCUCUUCAAGUUGAGGCAGAGUGCUCAAAAUAUUCCUAUAAAGGAAUUAAAAGGUAAUAUUUACAUCAUCUUCAUUACUUUGGCAGUGGUACUGCAAUGUGUCACAAUAUCUCUGAAAGACACCACUGUGAAACACUUCAAGUAGUAUUUUUAUGUUUACAGUCUUUUGAUGGAUUUAUUAGUAUUUAACAUCUACAAAUUCCCAAUAGUAUGCCAAAUACUGUAUGGACUGCAGUAGAGAUUAUAAUCUCUAUCUAGAAAUUUUACAGUCUUCAACUGCCACCUUCUAGCUUUCUUGUGAUCAUGUUUAAAACUUUUCAUUCCUACAUCUGACUAAAAUAAGCAUUCCUAAGUCCCUCCAGAUGUUUAGGAGAAACAUAAACAUUCUAGUUCAAUAACGACAUAUAUUUAAAUAACUUUAUCAGCGUUUCUAAAGAGUUGUUCAAAUUCUAUUCCUGCUACUAAAACAGGACAAUCCCACAGUAAUCAAGAGGACAGCUGCCACUUACCAAGAGGGUCAAAAGGCCUGGUGCAUGUGCAGCAGUGGAGCCAAUCCAGUACUCCUGCUGCUUCACCCAUCUGCACUGAGUUCCCUGCACCUUUCCCUCUCAGUAAGCAGAAGUGACGCUCAGCAUCAGAAAGACAGACAGGCAACUCUGCCCUGCCUGCCCUACCUCACAACCUGCUGGUGAGACAUGGCCAAGCCAUGGCAAGAAAUAAUGCUGCAGUGGAGCCACUGCUGCAUCUCCAGUCCUGUUCCUCUCUGUGGUUAGGGUGGAAAGUGGGAGGGCAGCCAAAUCAGUGUGCCAGCCUGGACCUGGUGCAGUAGUGAGGCUCAGUGUUGUGAAAUGAGAGCACAGGGGACUAGGUUGGGAUCCAGAAGACCAGCCCCUCCCUCGGAACACUCUUCUUCUGUUGUACAGUGGUGCCCCGCAAGACGAAUGCCUCGCAAGACGGAAAACUCGCUAGACGAAAGAGUUUUCCGUUUUGGAGGUGCCUCGCAAAACGAAUCUGCUAUGGGCUUGCUUCGCAAGACGAAAAUGUCUUGCGAGUUCCUGGUUGUUUUUUUUCCUUUUCCCCCUCUUUUUUCUAAGUCGCUAAGCCGCUUAUCUGCUUAUCCGAUAAGCUGAUAAGCUGCUAAAAGCCGCUAAUAGCGCUAAUAGCGCUAAUCCGCUAAUCCCAUCAAUGGGCUUGCUUCGCAAGACGAAAAAACCGCUAGACGAAGAGACUCCCAGAACGGAUUCUUUUCGUCUUGCGAGGCACCACUGUACAAACUUGGCAGAUGAGAAUCCCCCUGGCAGUACUUCGUUCAGCCUCGCAUUCAGCAGGCACAUCAGGGAACUCUGCACCAGCAGAAUGAUGGCAUCAGACUGCACAGGGUGUUCCUCUGCCUAAGUCAACUCUGCAGUCCAGCACAAAGAGGAUUUGGACUGCAGCCAAAUUUACAUGAAAAAAUAAAUCAUGCAGGGUAUUUAAUGUAACCUGUGUUCAAUGUAAAAAUUAAAAAUGCACUGUAGCAUGACCAUAUAGUUUUAAUUUAAAACAGCUAAAUACUGGAUAAACUCUCUCUAGCAUUUGCAUAUAUGGUGGCGGAGACCGGAAAGGGCAGAUCAGCGUGGUUACCAAAGGUGUGGACAUUGUUAUAGCUACGCCAGGUAGAUUGAAUGACCUCCAAAUGAACAACUUCAUAAAUCUGAGGAGCAUUACAUACCUGGCAAGUAGUCAAAAUGUUGUAUUAAAUUGGGAGUAAUGUGCAAGUAUAACCUGCAAGAAAAUAUUGCAAUAGGGAACUUUCAUGCUUUUUUCCAGAAUACUCCACUCUGUUCCUGCUAACCACUGUCAUCAUACCUCCAACAGUAAACAUUGCAUGGAAGUGGCCAAGAUCAUAGAACUGUAGAGUUGAAAGGGACUCCAAGGGUCAUCUAGUCCAAUCCCUGCAAUGCAGGAAUUUCAACUAAAGCACCCAUGGGAGAUGGCCAUCCAACUUUUGCUUAAAAACCUCCAAGGAAUGAGAGUUCACAACCUCAUGAGGGAGACCAUUCCACUAGGGACGCGGGUAGUGCUGUGGUCUAAACCACUGAGCCUCUUGGGCUUCCCGAUCGGAAGGUCAGUGGUUCAAAUCCGCGCAACGGGGUGAGCUUCUGUUGCUCUAUCCCAGCUUCUGCCAAACUAGCAGUUUGAAAGCAUAGCAGUACAAGUAGAUAAAUAGGUACAGCUGCAGCAGGAAGGUAAGCAGUGUUUCCAUGCACUCUGGCACUCAUCAUGAUGUUCUGUUGCGCCAGAAGCAGUUUAGUCAUGUUGGCCACUUGACCCGGAAAGCUGUCUGCAGAGAAACGCCAUCUCCAUCGGUGUGAAAAGCAAGAUGAGCGCCACGACCCCAUAGUCGCCUUUGACAGGACUCAACUGUCCAGGGGUCCUUUCCUGUUUACCUUUUACUAUGGAUAUAAUGAAGAGGAGUGUUAAAAAAAUAGAAGGACAGGGCUAGUAAUGCUAAAGAAUUCAGAAUGUCUGGUAAUAUUUUAGUCACAAUAUGAACAAAUGGUAUAAAGGUCCUUUUAUUUAAUACAAAUGAAUAUGUUUUUCAGAUCAGGUGAUUUUCAGUUGGAAGAUGUCUUUGAACAUCAAGUUUUGUUAAGUAAUCACAUAAUUGUUCCUUUAGGUGUCCUACAACAGGAUCUACCACAACCAUCCAUUGGUGCAUGAGCAGAAAGUUAUUGCAUAUAUGGGGAGGUGAGAGGGGAGGGGAAGUUGGAAAACUGUUGUGUAAAUGGGUGCCCAAGGGCACAGUUUUGGCUCACAGCCUUGGUUACAUGGUAAGCAUGCAACAUUAUCUUCUAAAACAAGUAUGUCUCUGAAGCACUUCUUUUAGUUCAUAUAUAGCGUUACUAUGUCUAAUUCUACAUUAUUCACAGUGCAACUAGAAACAUUUCCUUAAGGAAAUGUAUUUUAUCUAUGUUAUGUACAACAGUCCCAGAAAGAAGUUAGGUAGAUUUUGAGUCAAAAUAGAGGUAUUGUGUUGGGAAAGCCAAAGGACAUAGCAACGAGAGUAUACAUCUAAAAUGAACUUGUACAUGCUCUGCAGAUAAUAGUUUAGAAAUUUAGUGGUUUUGGCAUGGAGUUUCAGAAAGCCAACAGUUUAUAAAUAUUGUGUUUCACAGGUGUUGGAUGAAGCUGAUAGAAUGCUAGAUAUGGGUUUUGAGCCUCAAAUAAUGAAGAUUUUAUUAGACAUACGCCCUGAUAGGCAAACGGUUAUGACCAGGUAUGUGUGCCUUUUUGGUGGUUCAUGGCUUCAUCUGAAGAUGUGUUUUAAUGGAAAAUAUGGUAUCUGGAUGCUACAUCCCAAAGUUGUUUUAUGCAAUUUAUUAUAAUGACCUUGGGGAGAAAGAUAAGUGUGAAAUAUUGUUUUAUUACAUUUGCAUACCACCUUUUCCUCCAUGUAGCUCAAGGUGGUGUACAUGUUUCUCCUCCACAUUUAAUCCUCGCAGCAAGCCUGAGGUAGGAUAGAUGGAGUGUGUGUGACUGCAAGGUCACCCAGUGAGCUUCAUGACUGAGUGGGGAUUCAAACCCAUGUCAUCUUCCAGCACUCUAACCAUUACACCACAUGGAAGCUUUCAUCAGUCCAGCGGACUGGUAGAAUUCAGGCACCCACAACUAAGGGGAGCCUAUAAAACACAGGGUUCUUUCUCCAUCUGGCCACUCUCCUCUGCCCUAGGAGGAAAGAAGCACCUUGCCAGCCCUGUCUGUGCUCAGCACUUUCCAAAGUGCCAAGUGUAGGGCUAGCAACACCACUUGUACUGUAUAGCAGUUGUCAAGCACCCAUCAGUCUCGCUUGCAAGGGAUUUUGACAGGUGGACAGGAUAAUUCACCUGUCAGUUGAGUGGAAUCAUAAAGGUAUAAUGUGAUUGACAGUUGAGUGGCCCAACCCACCUGUCAAAUUUGCCCCACAAGGCCAGUCCUGAUAAGGAUCUGGCCCAUGGAAGCAAAAAGGUUCCUCAUUCUGGAAUUAAAUCAACACCUUUCUAUAGAGAAACUUUAUUCUUGGGCAACUGAAUUCUUUAUUUAUUUUGUUGUUUUUCAUUGUAGCAAACUAUUUGCAACUGCCUUGUUCAUAUUUAGGAUGGAAGCAUGAGAAUGCAGGACAGUAAUAGGGUUGAAAUACAAAAUGACUUUCCUUUUCAUUCCUACCAGUGCUACAUGGCCAGAUGGUGUCCGCCGUCUUGCAAAAUCAUAUUUGAAAGAUCCUAUGAUUGUGUAUGUUGGUACUCUUGAUCUAGCGGUGAGUUGUUUUCUGUUUUGGGCUUAUUACUCCUGUGUUGUUUUUAAUGAGACUGCAUAAACGGGACAAUGUCUAGUCUUGAUUUGUGUGUGAACUAGGCUGUAUUUAUAAAAGAUAUAGCAACUCAAAAUCUAAUAAUAUCCCAGGCUAAAAUGAAAAUUAUAAAAUGGAAAUCUUAAUAAUGCAAGAAGUUACAGAUUGCAACAUUUUUUUCUUUAAAACAAUUUUAUCAUAUUCUUCAGCCUAAAAGACUGCCAGAAUGGCUUGCAAAUGUCCCAGCCUUUAUUCUUUGCAGUCUAAAAACAUGUUGGAAAAGGGGAUGGGAGGAAAGAGGAAAAACACUGUUUUAGUUCAUAAUUCUUUUAAUAAGCAGCUGGAAUGGAAAGAUAUCAAGGAGAGGAGGAGCCAAAAGUUCCGGUGAGCUGAAAGGCUCUAUGGCCCCAUCUCUGUUCUCUCCUGAAGAGAGAUAAUUUAAGCUUCCUCUUUCUCAUGCACAGAAUAAGAGCAGUAUUGUCUAUUCCUGCCCACUGGGUAGACCUGGGUAAGACUUUGAGACCUUCAGACAUCUAUGUAUAUAUACAACAUUUCAACAAAGUGUGUAUGUCUAAAAUCCAAUGCUUGUGAGCUGAAACUGGUCAAUUUUUCAGUUUUGAGGCAGGAGUCAUGGUAAAAUCAUCCAUGUUAUUUGGGAUUGUGCAUGUUGGGUUUUAGGCAUAUCCAUUUAUACCCAAAAUGCAAUGUGCAUAAUCCCAAAUAAGAUGGCUAAUUUACCAUGACCCCUGCAAAAUUAACUGAUCUGCCCUCCACAAAACACUGGAAUUGGAAAGCUCUGGUAGAAUCAUUGCCCCUGAUUACAAGCCAGACCUGUUAGUCACAGUGAAGUGCUUCCUCCACCCUUGUGUUUUUUCUAUAUCUGGAUCACUGAGGUUACACACUUCAGGGUUCCCUGCUCUGUGUUACUCAUGCAGCUUUGUAGAGAUGCUACUUUACCUUGGGAAGUCCAACAUCUCUCCAAGGCUUCACCAUGGAAUUCAGGAUUCUUCCUAGGGAAAAGCAGCCUUAGCAAGAGGGUUGUGUGCCUAACUAUCGCCCAGUCAUUUAAAGGGGAGAGUAUUUGAAUCGGAGACUAAUCAGACCCACAGAAGGCAUUGGAUCUGGAUUCUCUGGUUUGUGGUUUGCAAUCUAAAUGAUUUAGGUGGGAUUUAUUUUCAAAUAAACAUGCCACAACAGCCAGUUCUAGUCAAACCUCACGUUCAAAGUCUACAUGCAUAGUACCUGAAUAGUCUUCCAACAUGAUAAUUCUUUGAUUCUAUGUUGAGAUUCCUGCAUCGCAAGGGGUUGGACUAUAUGACCUACAGGAUCCCUUCCAACUGUACAUUUCCAUCUCGAACUCUUUCAGUAUCCCUAGCUAUAACGAAGUAUGUACAAUUCUUAAUUGAUACUUUUACAAGGUUCAAAUUCACAUUCAGGUUUCCUUUGAUUAAAUUUGGUUUUCUAGGCAGUAAAUACAGUGGAACAGAAAAUUGUUAUUAUUCCAGAAGAAGAAAAAAGAGCUUUUACACGUUACUUCAUUGACACUAUGAAGUCUGAAGAUAAAGUCAUCAUUUUUGUGGGAAAGAAGCUUACGUAUGUAGAAGAAAUCUAACAUGAAUAUUUGGCUUACUGCCUACAUUUGUCAUUCACUAUUAACCAUUAAAUAUGAUUUACAGGUGCCUUAUUAUUGAGUCAGGCCACUGGUCCAUCUAGCGGCUAGCCCAAUAUUACCUUACUGUAUUAUGUUAGUUGAGUUCUAGGGCCUACAGCAAAGGUCUUCUCCCAUCACCUUUUGUCUGUCUCUUGAAACGGAAAUACUAGGGAUUAAAGUUUGGGCGUUUGCAUAAAAAGCAUGUGCUCUUCCAGUCAGUUAUGGCCUUUUAAAUUUAGAUUCUUUAGAAUUUUAGAUACAAAAUUUAAGCUACAUUUAUUUUCAGCUCUUAAUAUUUGGUGAUGUGCUCUAAUUAAUUCCCUUUUCAAGAAGUAGCAGCAGGGCAUUGUUUGACCUCUUGGAGUCUGGUUCCAUCUUAAGCCAUGUCUGGGGGAGGAAGAACCCACAGACUGGCUCAGUUUCUUGAAUCAAUAAGCAGGGUAAUCCCAAGCUCCUCGCUUUCCCCCCACUUAUAUGAUCAAGAUACGGUGCUGCACAUAGCAGCAUUUAACCAAAGUGUAUGUUACUUUUGUUUACCAGGAUGUGUAAGAGUUACCCAUAAGAGAAGUUAUGUAAAAUGUCAUAUCGUUUAUAUGAUUCUGCUAUAUGCCACUUAACAGUGCGCUCUAUGUCAAAAAAGUGGUUGGGUAAACAAAUAGUCUCCUCUCCCAGACCAGAAAACCAGAAGUAGAGCCAGAUGUUUUCAAAGCUAAGUGCAGCAUGUCAAAACAGCUAAAAAGUAUGGGUUUCUUGCAAAAGGUCUUGGCCCCUAAGCUGUGCUUGAGGUGACAUGAAUUUGUCCAGUCACCUCUGGUAGCAAAUUCCAGAUGCAAUGUGAGAAGAAGUACUACUUUUUGUCCCCCAAAUCUCCCACUGUUCAGUUUCAUUGGAUGGCCUGGGGUCUUGUAAUAUAUGAAAAAGGAGAAGAAACUAUAGCCAUUUCUUCUACACCAUACAUCAUUUUAUACACCUCAAUCAUGUCCUCCUUUAAUCACCUUUAUUCUAAACCAAAAAGCUCCAAAUUUAGUCUUCCCUAAUAUACAAGUUGCUCCACCUCCUCAAUAAUUUACGUCUCUUAUAUUGCUUCACGCUUCUUGGUUGGAUCCAGAUUUCAAGUAUGACUAAGUUAUGACUAACCUUAGGUAAAGGUAAAGGUACCCCUGACCAUUAAGUCCAGUCACGAACGACUCUGGGGUUGCGGCGCUCAUCUCACUUUACUGGCCGAGGGUCCCAGCGUUUGUCCACAGACAGCUUCCGGGUCAUGUGGCCAGCAUGACUAAGCCGCUUCUGGCGAACCAGAGCAGUGCACGGAAACACUGUUUACCUUAUCUACUUGCACUUUGACAUGCUUUCGAAAGUUCCAUUAAUUUCAAGGGUUCUACUCUUAACAUGGGUUAGUGUGAAUCCAACCCAUGACUUUUCUUUGUACUGUACUGUAAUUCCUUACCUAUUCUAAAUAGAGCAGCUUGACUUCUGAGAAUUCAAAUUCUCCUGAUAGCAAAGAAAUGUCAGGAAAUGCUGGUUCUCAUCUAUUUUCAAAUAUAAAAAAGAAUAGUUUCAGCAUAUAAUCUCAAUAGGACACUUUUUCUUCAAACUCUUUUUGAUUGACUCAUGUUUCAUAAUGGGGCUAGCAGUACAAUUCUUGGGAAUAAACACGCAUAGGAUGGUGCUAUCAGUCAAAGAAAACUGUUUACAACAUAGUGAUAUAAGAUGUAAAGGUUGUGUUAGGUAUUCUGUUAUAUUUCGUAUGCUAUUGCUGAAAUUUAACAUUUGCAACAGAAAUAAUUCCAUAAUUUUUGCAUAUAUUCUAUUACAGUGGAUUUAAUCUAGACACAUUUUCUUUAGCUGCUGAAAUCAGAAUUCUACUCCACUUCAGCCAUAGAGUUCUUAAGUGACUUUUCAACCCUUCAUCUCUGCAUUAGUUCUCUGUCUGUGAAGUGAGAAUAUUUGCAUUUGCCUCAUAAGUGCAUUUUUGGGAAACCACAUCUCUACGCUGGUGAUUUCUUUCUCCUUUUUUUCUAUAAGGAAGUCUGGUAAAUGCAUACAAUGUUUACUCGCUGAUCAUGAAUCCUUUAGCAAGAGGACAUUAAAUGAGUUUCCUUGAACAUGUGGAAGGAACAGAGUACCUGACAUAGGGUAUAGACUACUUAUUUUAGGUACAUGCAACUGUAUCUCCAAAUGUAUGAACCAAGCAAUCCUAUGUGUUUUUUUAGUUUUUAACUUUUCUGUUUAGUGCCGAUGACCUAUCAAGUGAUUUUGGUCUUCAGGGAAUUCCUGUCCAGUCCUUACAUGGCAAUAGAGAACAAUGUGAUCGUGAACAGGCUUUAGACGACUUCAAGAAAGGUAAACUUGUAAUUGAUUAGAAUCAGUUGUAGCAUAACACUAAGCAACCAGUCAUAACAUAUUUGCGGAAGAAGAUGCAAUACCACUCAGCAAUGAUUUUUUUUUAAAAAAAAACUAAAGCCUUGCUGGCUGUGUUUGCACAUUAAGUCUCAGGGCAAGUUACAACAAAUACAUCACUAAAGCAGCAUAAAACUAUGGCAAGUUGUUGUGUGAUUUAUUGCUGCAUGCAAAUGUGGCCAUUGAAAAGAUUUACCAUUGCUGCAAUCCAACCAUCCUUCUAUAAGGAUAGCAGAGAAACAGCCAGUGAAAUGUUUUCUGACUUUCUGACUAUCUUAACAUAUUUUUUUUGAAAAACAAGGCUAUCUUUAUUAUUAAGGUGCAUUUACUAUAAGGUUGUGAAUAUUGCACUAAACUUUGGGAAAUUUGGAAUGUUUACAUAUUGUGUUUUUGUUUUGUAUAAUAUUGUAAACCAAUACAAAGAGGAAAAAAUGGCAUUUACAAAAUAAAUGUCCAGUCUUAUGUAUGAACAGUGUGAGAUCAAAUAAAAAGUUGUUGAUUUCUCUACCUAGUUAAAAACUCUUGUCAGAUCCCAAUUUAUGUCUUUUGUGAGGUAUCAAUAUAUGUCUCACUGUGCUUGUUCUAGGCAGAGUUCGCAUACUGAUAGCAACUGACUUGGCCUCCCGUGGACUUGAUGUGCAUGAUAUCACUCAUGUCUUUAAUUUUGACUUCCCUCGCAACAUUGAAGAGUAUGUUCAUAGAGUAGGCCGUACUGGACGUGCAGGGUAAGUGGAAUACUCUAUAUAUAGUGAAUUGGAUCUCUGGAAUGCGCCACUGUUAUUUCUUAGAGGAACACCAGUGUUUUCUCCAGCACAUUUUACAUAGACAGGCAGCCCUGUUUAGGGAAGCUUUUAAUGUUUAACAAACUAUUGUAUUUUAAUAUUUUGUUGGAAGCCGCCCAGAGUGGCUGGGAAAACCCAGCCAGAUGGGUGAGGUAUAAAUAAAAAAUUGUUGUUGUUGUUGUUGUUCCUCAUUUGGGGACAUCCAGAAACAAUUAGAAACCAGCUAUCUUGCUGAGAUGCAAGUUGACAUUCUACUUCAAAGAAGAAGAAGAAAUGAGGUUUAAGCUGCUCACUAGUACUUCAGCCUAGGAGUUGCAACAGGGUAUUUCGACUAUUAUUCCUCAGCACAACUCAAUAAAACAAAACACCAAACUGAUUUUAUUUGAGUUGGCUAUCUUGACAGUUUUGUGCUUGCUUUUUUUUCAGCCGCACAGGGGAAGCUGUAACCCUUGUGACUAGAAAUGACUGGCGGAAUGCAUCUGAAUUGAUUGACAUUUUGGAAAGAGGAAACCAGGUAGUGUUUAUCAUACCCACAUUAGCAAUUAGCCCUCUCCCUGACUUUCCCCCCAGACUUGAGGUAUGUCUCAAAAGCUCUUUAAUAAGAACAUGUUUUUAAGGUAUUGAAACUUUGUUCUUAAUAUUUACUUGUUUAAGAUUUGUACCAUGUCUUCAUGCAUAUAGCCUCAAGUGGCUUACAAUGCAAAAAAAAAAAAAAGCACCAGAAAAGUCACUGUUAACAAGUUGGUUUAUGGAAACCGUUCAAACAUAAAAAACAGCAAAAGGAAAUAAAAAUCACAACUACAGGUAUGGAAAAACAACUGACCAGCUGGAAUCAAGAGAUAAUAAAUAAUGGUAGUUUAAGUUCUAAUAAUACAGAUUGUGUAUUUGAAUAUAUUUAUUUCUGGAUGUAAUGGUAGUAUCUUGUAAAAAAAAAUUGCAUGCAUACUUAAUGUCUGGGUGCAUGUCUUUGUAUUGUGAAUGUGAAAGGAAUGGCUCUUAUAAGAUGACACCCACCACUUUGGUCUCUGGUAAUUUAAACUAACUUUCUAAAGCAGUUUGCAUAGCAAAAGUUUGUGCUUUGUACCUUUCUCAUCAGUAAGAGCUUGAAUGGGGGAAAUGUGAUGCGUUCCAAGCAAUUUGCAAUGAUGGGUAGACUUUAUGCAAAACAGACAUCACCUGCCAACAUACCAGAGUUUAAUGAAAUGCAAACUAAAUGGGAAGCUACUCUAAAAGACCUAUUAAGCAUUACACUUAUAACUAUCUUGCUGUAAUAAUAUCCCAGUACAGUGGUACCUUGGUUUACGAACCUGAUCUGUUCCGGAAGUCCAUUCUUAAAACAAAACCGUUCUUAAACCAAGGCACGCGUUCCCUAAUGAGGCCUCCCGCCACCAGUGCCCUUUCACCAUUCGGAUUCCGUUUUUAGACCGAGAUAAAGUCAGUCUGGUGGUGCUGUGAUCUAAACCACUGAGCCUAGGGCUUGCCGAUUGGAAGGUAGGCGGUUCGAAUCCCUGCAACAUGGUGAGCUCCCGUUGUUCGGUCCCAGUUCCUGCCAACCUAGCAGUUCGAAAGCACGCCAAAAAAGUGCAAGUAGAUAAAUAGGUGGGAAGGUAAAUGGCAUUUCCGUGUGCUGAUCUGAUUUCGCCAGAAGCGGCUUAGUCAUGCUGACCACAUGACCUGGAAAAACUGUCUGUGGACAAAUGCUGGCUCCCUCGGCCAGUAAAGCUAGAUGAGCGCCGCAACCCCAGAGUUGUUCGUAACUGGACUUAACUGUCAGUGGUCCUUUACCUUUUUAAAAAAGUUCUCAAACCAGGACACUAUUUUCAAUUUUGCGGAGUUUGUAAACGGAAUCAUUCUUAAACCAGACUGUUCUUAAACCAAGGUACCAUUGUGCUGUGUAUUUAGCAGGUAUCAUAAAACUUAUGGAAGGAGGAAAUCUAAUUUGAUACGAUACAAAGAAUGAAUAUUAGCCUUUUUCAGUGUACUUAAGAUAAAAUAUUUAAUUCAUGGAACAAUAAAUAUUGAUGUCAGCUGUAUGAAAAUAUUGUUACCAUGAUUUUCUAAUUAUCAGGUAAUUCCCGAAGAACUUAUUUCAAUGGCUGAAAGAUACAAGCAGUUUCAGUUGAAAAAAGAAAUGGAAAAAGAUACGGGGAGGUCUCGUGGGAGAUCUCGAAGAGGUUUUUAAUCCAAACAUGAACACAGUGAGUGCCUACUGAAAUGUUAGCAAUAAUUUUAAGUAGAAUAUAGUAUUGCUCAAGCUUUAUGCACACUUAAAACAUAACUUUUUAAAAUCUGUUAUUGUCUUGAAAUUGCACCAUUUACAGGAAUGUGCAUUUCCAGAUUUGAAAAAUAUGCUUAUUAGAAAAUUGAAACAAUACUUUUUUAUAUAGCUGUCAUGAGAUAUAUAGCAGUCUUCUGAGCAAAGCCUGCUCUAAAUAUACGUAAGAGUAAUCAUACUGAAGUUGGUUGGUCUAGUCUGGGUCUGGCUAGUGCCUAGGGAUUUUAAAUCAUGGAGCUCUAUGGAUAUUAAUAAUAAUAGGACUUCUUUGAAGUAGUUUGAGAAUAAUGGCCUUAAUCUAACAUGUAAUGGGGUUUUAUUGGCUUAUGGUACAUUGAUUACAUCUUCUCAUCUUCAGGGAGGAAACCUUGUACAUAAAGCAGUAAUUGUCAACACUGAAGUUUUUGUCUGCUUAUGAGUACCAACAUCUUGAUCAAUGGAGUUCAGAAAUACUGGAAAUUAUGCUGACUUGUAAUUAUUUUCAAAUUGUAUCUAUUCACUGUAAUGUAUUCUAAUGCAGUGCUGUAGUAAAGCAGGUGGAUUAUUUUGUUAAGUUUCAGUUUUGAUACAUUUUGGUUGAGAGUAAUAACUUAAUACUUAAGUUCAUUCUUGUUUUGUAGCUUAUAGUUUUGUUAGAUGGAAGAACUGCACUUCAUAGAAUAAUGUUGAUAAAAGUUCUUAUUUACAAGGAAAAGUAACAAUGAGGCAAACAGAUCUUCCCCUCUCCAUCUUAAAUUUAAAAUUAGCCCGAUUCUGUGGGUUUGUGUACUGCAUCUUUUUUAUUGGUAAGAUGUAGUGUAUUGACAUAUUUGCAUGCCUAGCGAGUCCUGCCUGUAGAUUAAUAGUGGGUCUAUAAAUGGCAAUGGUAGAUUGCUGUAAUUUUAUGAGAACUUUAUGCAUUAACAUUUUGCUUCCAGAAUCUUCUCUUUACUUGCACAAAAGAUUAGUUUUAAGAGAAUAAAGGAUUAGUGUUUUCAUGGAUCUGUAGUUGUUAUGUUUAUACUUGCUAAAUAAAAGCUUUUUAAACAUGUAUCAUUUUCAUAUAGCAUGUUCCAGAACUUGCCAAACGGUAUUAAUCUGCCUUGCUAUAAAGUUGUGAGUCAAACAUUGUAUCAAAAUUUGUUUCAAUUACUAAAGCACUUACCUUCAUGUGCUGUGUGAGGAUU